GUCCCCGCCCCCAGGGAAUUAUAAUUCUCCGGAGAAGUGUCUGGUUCCCGGGGAAUCGUUGGGGCGGGGUGCAGGGGCGCGCCCGGCGCAAAAUGGUUACAACAAAGUCCACGCGCCUCCGGGGCCCCUCGUAUGGAAAGUGAUUACCGAGAGGAUGGGAUGGAUCUAGGCAGUGACGCCGGCAGCAGCAGCAGCAGCAGCCGCGCCAGUUCGCAGUCCAACUCCACCAAAGUGACCCCUUGCUCCGAGUGCAAAUCCUCGUCGUCGCCGGGGGGCAGCCUGGACUUGGUGUCUGCCCUGGAGGACUAUGAGGAGCCCUUCCCGGUCUACCAGAAGAAGGUGAUUGAUGAGUGGGCGCCGGAGGAGGACGAGGAGGAGGAGGAGGAGGAGGAGGACGAGCCUGAUGAGCGAGGGUAUCGGGAUGACCGCUGUCCGGCCCGGGAGCUGGGGGACGUGAGCGCCAGGACCCGCAGCGGCGGCGGCAGGGGCAGGAGCGCCACUACCGCCAUGCUGCCCCCGGUGCCCAACGGCAACCUCCACCCGCAUGACCCCCAGGACCUCAGGCACAAUGGCAACGUGGUGGUGGUGGCCGGCCGGCCGAGCAGUUCCCGGGGCCCCCGCCGGGCGAUCCCGAAGCCCCAGCCGGCAGGGGGCCGGCGCGGCGGCCCGGGCCCGGCAGCGGGGGCCGUCUGCCUUCAGCCCACCGACGGCGGUACGUGCGUCCCGGAGGAGCCCCCGGUGCCCCCUAUGGACUGGGAGGCGCUAGAGAAGCAUCUGGCUGGACUGCAGUUCCGGGAGCAGGAGGUGCGCAACCAGGGCCAGGCAAGGACCAACUCCACCUCCGCACAGAAAAAUGAGCGAGAAUCUAUCCGACAGAAGUUGGCACUUGGAAGCUUCUUUGAUGAUGGCCCAGGAAUUUAUACCAGCUGUAGCAAAAGUGGGAAGCCAAGCCUUUCCUCUCGCCUGCAGAGUGGGAUGAACCUGCAGAUCUGCUUUGUCAAUGACAGCGGCAGUGACAAGGACAGUGAUGCUGAUGACAGUAAGACCGAGACCAGCUUGGACACCCCCUUGUCUCCCAUGAGCAAACAGAGUUCUUCCUAUUCCGAUAGAGACACUACUGAAGAGGAAUCUGAAUCCUUGGAUGACAUGGAUUUCCUCACAAGGCAAAAGAAAUUGCAAGCCGAAGCCAAAAUGGCCCUCGCCAUGGCCAAACCAAUGGCCAGAAUGCAAGUGGAAGUGGAGAAACAGAACAGGAAAAAGUCUCCCGUCGCUGAUCUCCUGCCACACAUGCCUCACAUAAGCGAAUGCUUGAUGAAAAGAAAUUUGAAGCCCACUGACCUGCGAGACAUGACUAUUGGGCAGCUACAAGUGAUAGUCAAUGAUCUCCAUUCCCAGAUAGAAAGCUUGAAUGAAGAGUUGGUCCAGCUGCUUCUCAUUAGAGAUGAGCUGCACACAGAGCAAGAUGCCAUGCUGGUGGACAUCGAAGACUUGACCAGCACCAGUGCCACCAGAUUGUUCUCACCAUGGGGACACUCCAGGACUUGAGUUUCUAGCUGGGCCCGGCUCCAAGCACCUCUCUGUAAAGAGACGGAUUCAGGCACUACACCAACACCUGUAAGACACGUCCUUUCUUGUUAGUCGAAGAAGUUUGCAUAUAAGUAUUAAGAUUAUGGGAAAUCAGUAGUGAAAUAUACAACUAGGACCUGCAUCUUUUGAAAACUAUAUAGUCCUGUGUCACUUAACAACAGGGACGCAUUCUGAGAAACACGUCAUCAGGCGAGUUCGUGAGUGUGCUUACACAAACCUAGAUGGCACAGCCUCCUGCGCAGCCAGGCUGUGUGGUGCUAACCUGUGGGAGCACCGUCGUGUACGCGGUCCGUCCUUCACCAGAAUGUCGUUAUGAUGCCCAGGACUGUAAACUCAUUUGUAAACCCUUGGCUGGCCUGUGAUUGCAGAGACUUUCCUCUGCCCUUCAGGCAGCAUUGGCAUUCCUCGGUGCAAGGAGGACAUUGAGAGGCUCCUCUCUAACUUUGAAGUGUUAAGCUGUUACUUAGGUUUGCAGUGUAUUGUUUUAUACCUUUCAGAUGUGAUCAUGGGCAACAGGGUAGGCAGAACCAUGGGGUUAAAAGGAGAGGAGUCACUAAUUUAAAGGUGUUGGGGGAACCCUUUAAAUUGUACGUGGUGGGGGGAAGUUUCUAUGUGCAUUCCUGGCUGCAGAAAUGUAACUUUGCCCAUGGUAGGAUCCGAGGAUACUUAAGCAUCCCUAAAGGUAGCAGUCCCAGAGUUUGCAGCCAGAUCCCAGAAGGCUGAGAGCAUGGCUCUGGGCCUGCUGAAAGUCCUGUUCACCUAUUCCCUUUAUCUGUCCACCUUCUACCGUUCCAGGAGUGGGUUCAGAUCAGUAGUUCUCAGUUUUGGCUGCACAUUGGAACCACCUGGGGUUCCAACUAUAGAUGCCUGGGUCUCACCCCCAGAGAUUCUGAUUUCAUUAUUCUGUGGAGUGGCCUGGGCAUAAAACUCUGCAGAUGAUUCCAAUGCACAGCCAAAUUUGAGGACCGAUGGUCUAGACAAGGCCUCUUUGGAGACGUGCUCCCUGAUGCCCAAGACUCGGGGAGGAUCUCUUCUCUGUGUUCCUGGCAGCACGGCAUUCUCACAUGUGGAGCCUAGUCCUACUGUGCCAUAUGUGUCUACUGUUUCUCCCCACCUGACUGUACACCCCUAAACACAGAGGUGACACCAUUCCCAGUCACUGCUAUGUCCCCAGAGCGUACGACAGGGCCUGCCAGAUACGUGGUAGGUCCUCACUAGUGAUUGUCCAUGAAAAGGAGUCCUGUGGGGCUUGAGUGAAACAAAUCGUAAUAAGGAUUGUCGUAUAAAUACUUGAUAAGAACUUUUUAGUAUUAUGGACUGAAACUCUUUCCCUCCUUUGUUUAAAAUUGUAAUGAAAUUCGCCCUUUUAUGUGUGUCUCAAAAUAACACCCAACAUUCAAUAUUUUCUGAAGCUAGUUCCUGUCUGUUCUUUUUUUCCCUCAGAAGAACCCCUUACUGUAGGUGUGCAUGCACGUGCACACACACACACAUACACACAGAUACGUAUUUAAACCCUGCUUUAAGAACUAUAAUUUAGCUACGGUGGAAUCUUAGCUCACUGUGCGUCAAAAUACUUCUUGAGCUGAAUUUGUUAAAUGAGGCCUGUGAGCUCCUUUAUGAAAAUGACCAAGGUUCGUUUAUACACAUAAAGAGGGCCAUAAGAUGGUCUGCAUAAUUUUUUUAAGAAUAGAGGGCUGAUGAUAUCUUUUCCCUGAGUUCCUUUAUUGUUAAAUGAAUAUCACCAAUUAUUUGUGGGCUGCUGAAUGUGGCGAGGACACUGUUGUCACUUCCCUAUUUCUAAAAGCGUUUGUGGUUUGUCUCCCCCAUGCCGUGGAUGUGAGACACUCUACACAGAGCUGGUGAGUUCCUCUUGACGUCACUGACUACCCUAGUCUGAGCAGCACACAAAAACUGCCCCUGAGCCUUUGAUUACAGCUGGACAUCCACCCCCGCCCUUAGAUGCUUUUCUCUUGCCAAAUUUAUACUUUCCUAAACUCCUUCAAAACAUCAGUCUUCUGCGGCCCUCAGACCUCACAGCCUUCAGGAGAUGUUCCCUCAGUGCUGUUCAAGAGAGGUGGGCAGCUUGCCACUCCCCCCGCUCCAUCUGGACCAGCCAGCAGCUGGGGUGGCUGAACUGUGGGCUCACGGGCCGUAAUAGGGCUUGCUGAAGAAGGAGACUCACCCUGCUCUCACUGCCAUGACCAUGCCCUUAGGACUAAUGGAGGGGGGAAAAGGUAUGCAAACACGGGGAGCCGGCCUGGUGGCGUAGUGGUUAAGUUUGCACACUCUGCUUUGGCGGCUCGGGGUUCGCGGGUUCGGAUCCCGGGCGCAGACCUGCACACCGCUCAUCAAGCCACCACAGCACGGCUUGAUGAUAUACAAAACAGAGGAAGACUGGCACAGAUGUUAGCUCAGGGCGAAUCUUCCUCACCAAAAAAAAAAAAAAAGUACGCAAACAUGGAAAAUCUUUACAUCCACUAAGGCCUAGCAUUUGUUAGGGAGACUGGAUUGGAUUACUGGCUUCAGAUUCCUUGCAGGAGCCUUGUUAAUACUUAGAUUUGUGUCUGUGUGCCUGUGUUUGGAUAAAGUCGUCAUGCAGUUACUUUCUAUCAUAACACCUUGUUUUGACUUGUUGCUUAACACUUAUUUUCUCUCUGCUAUCCCCUUGGUUGCUCUUUGUUCCUUUCUUGCCUCUCUCCACUGAAAUAUAUGCUCCAUGAGAACAAAGACCUUAUUGCACACCACAAAGUGCCCAGGACCAGGAGCAGUGCCUGGCACACAGAAUGCACAUAGUAAACAUUUGUUGAGUAAACUAUCCAGCCACUUCACUCUUUUCAUUUUUAAACACAGCACUGUUCUUCUCAAAGGUAGUGACAUCUACCAGCCGCAGGUUAACCCAGUGGCUUAUUAAAUACAAGGAAUCAUAGAUAGAAUAUAAAAUAGAAGAGGGCACAUCCCUUUGAAUUAAGUACUGUGUCUUCAUUUCACUGUGAGUAACUCAGACCCUCAGUUUGGAGGAGGUUUUAGCUGUUGAUUCGAAAGCAGUUUGGAUCUUUCUUCUUAGCACUGAAUAAUUGUAUUAUUAAUU